ACAAAUAUCGAUAGAAGCUCCGUUAAAUAAAAUUUGAUUGCAAUCUGACAAACGUGCCCGUCAUAAUGAUUUUACAUUGAGGUCCCUGGAUUUUAGAUAACAAAAAUCUCAACAGAAAAAUCUGUAAAAAAGGGGGUUUUGCUCAAAAACCCUAAUAAUUCAAAUUUCAAUCCCAAACGAGCUCCACCCUCUGUCCCGUACAGGUAAUUCUUCCCUCUAAUCUUUGCUAUUUUUUGUGUGUAUUAAUUUAUAUCAAUAUUUAAGCAAUUGAACAUGGAACAUCGCCUUAUGCUUGCUUCAAACAAAGCUUCAAUGCCAACCUUUGUUCCCCUGUUUCUCUCUUACAAAUCCCCAUUUCAUGACAAACCACAACUUUCUAUGAAAUCCCAUUACCAUCGGUCGAAUAAAGUUUCUGAAAAGACGCCAUUUUUGGGCCAAAGUUUGGUUUUUCAAGAUAAGGGUUUUACUUCUUGGGGUAAUCUGAGAAAAACCCAUGUCGCUUUUGAGCCGAUAAGAGCUGCAGUUAAGAGAAGAAAAGAGCUUCCUUUUGAUAAUGUGAUUCAAAGGGACAAGAAGCUUAAAUUGGUGUUAAAGAUAAGAAAGAUUCUAGUGAGUCAACCUGAUAGAAUCAUGUCACUUAAGUCAUUGGGGAGGUAUAGAAGAGAUUUAGGUCUCCAAAAAAGGCGUAGAUUUAUUGCCUUACUGAGGAAGUUUCCUGGAGUGUUUGAAAUCAUGGAAGAAGGGGCUUUUUCAUUGAGGUUUAGGUUGACACCUGAAGCUGAAAGGCUUUACUUGGAUGAGUUGAGAGUCAGGAAUGAAAUGGAGGGUUUGUUGGUUGUUAAGUUGCGGAAGUUAUUGAUGAUGUCGUUGGAGAAGCGAAUUUUGUUGGAGAAGAUUGCACAUUUGAGGACUGAUCUUGGGCUUCCUUUAGAGUUUCGUGACACGAUUUGUCAGCGAUACCCUCAAUAUUUUCGUGUUGUUCCAACUGAACGAGGCCUUGCUUUGGAAUUAACUCAUUGGGAUCCCGAGCUUGCAGUAUCUGCAGCUGAAUUAGCUGAAGAGGAAAAUCGAGCUAGAGAGUUGGAAGAGAAGAAUUUGAUUAUAGAUAGACCGCUGAAGUUCAAUAGAAUUAAGCUUCCUAAGGGUCUUAAUCUUUCUAAGGGUGAAAUGAGAAGGCUAUGCCAGUUUAGAGACAUGCCUUAUAUAUCCCCUUAUUCAGACUUUUCAGGAUUGAGAUCGGGAACACCAGCGAAGGAAAAACAUGCUUGUGGGGUGGUACAUGAGAUUUUGAGCCUCACUGUUGAGAAGAGAACUCUUGUGGAUCACCUCACUCAUUUUCGAGAGGAGUUUAGAUUCUCUCAGCAACUUCGAGGGAUGAUAAUAAGGCAUCCUGAUAUGUUCUAUGUGUCUUUGAAAGGGGAUAGGGAUUCUGUUUUUCUUAGGGAAGCUUAUCGUGAUUCUCAAUUGAUAGAUAAGGAUCCACUGUUGCUUAUUAAAGAGAAGUUUCGUUCUCUUGUUGCCAUUCCUAGGUUCCCAAAAAGGGGUGGUUCAAAGAAAGAUGCUGAUGGUAAUGAAGAAAGUGAUAUGCCUGAGGAGGCAAGUGAUGAGGAAGGAGAAGAAGGAUGGUCUGAUAUGGAUAGUUAUCUUAGUGAUGGUGGGUUUGAUGAUGAUGAUGAGGGUGGUGAAGGUGAUGAUGACUAUGAGGAUGAUUGGAGUGAUGAAGAUGAUGACGCACCACCAGAUUUUGAUGAAGAUGAUGAGCCUGUUAAGAUUGGAUUGAGCAAACCAACUAAACAAGCAGAUUACGCAACCAAGAAAGAAGAUGUAAUGCGUGUCCCUGCAUUUCCUGAUGGUCGACCAAGAGAGCGAUGGUAAAAAGAUUUCAAAUUUGCUAUAAACUAAAGCCAAACUCUGUAGGCUUUUGACCCCUUGCUUAAGCUUAGAAGGGGUGGGUAAGGGUUUUGCACUGGAUAAAGAAUCGAGCUUACUUCUUAGCGAGAUGCCAAAUCUUAUUUGUUGGAGCUUGGAGCAGUUCAUGCCCUUUGUUAAUGUAAACUGAGUCAUUACCAGUGGUCUACAUAGAAAUACUUUAGUGAUGUGUUCUUGUACAUCUUUUUCCCAUACUACAUUGUAUUUAUCACAGUGAAAUGGCUGGUUGGACUUGGAGCUCAUCAAAAGCUUCGUGGAUGACUAAAGCAUAUCUGUCUGCAUUGAUUUAGGAGUCCCUUUCGGGAUGUUAAUGUACUUUUAUUGCCUUAGAACGUAUGCAAGGAGCACUGUUUCUGGUUAUGAAAGUUAUCCAAUUUUGCAGUUUAUCUCAUCCAAGUUUUGCUCAUUAAUUGAGAUGCGGAUUGUAACGGAGAUCACUUCCAUUGGUUUUAACAACUUA